AGAUGGGAUUCUGACAGCCUUAGAGGUUAGUACUGUACAACAGAAAGCCCAUUUGUUUCUUUUAAUAGGUGAAUUUUUUUUUUACUAAAAGUUAGCACUAAAUGAGCAUUUUAAUUACUGUACAGCAUAAGAGUAUCUCAGUACUUGCCAGCAAGCGUUACCAUGACAACCGUUGCCCCGGCUGUGUGAAGCUUGUUGACAUCCUACGAAGAUGACCUAGCUAGCUAGCCGCAGCCAUCUCGACAGAAAUGGACGACAGCGCUCAACUGGGAGAAAUUGGGCCAGUUAAAAACGUUGCAAAAUCUGGUCGUAGGGCUCGUCCUGCUGCAGACCAGUCAUCACUUGGAGAUGUUCGUAACUCCAGGAAGUCUUCCACUUCCGCCUCAGCUGGAGAAGGCCCGCCUACUAAGCCCCCCAGGAGGCAGGGCGGCUGGGCAGAAGAAAGUUCUGGAUCAGGUGCUGGCAAAUCCUCAAGAAGAGCUGCUGCUGACGACCUGGAAGAUAGCCGACUGCGACCACAAACUCCCCAAGCAUCAGAUGAUGAUGGAGAUAUUCCUGUUAUUCCAGAUCUGGAUGAAGUGCAAGAAGAUGAUCUUAACAUGCAAGUAGCAGCUCCCCCGAGCGUUCAAGUCAACCGGGUGAUGACCUACAGAGACCUGGACAAUGAUCUGAAAUAUUAUUCUGCAUUCCAGACUCUAGAUGGCGAAAUCGACUUGAAGCUCCUCACAAAGGUUCUAGCACCAGAGCAAGAGGUGAAAGAGAUGUGCUCUGGGACUGGGAUCAUCUGUUUACAGAGGUGUCCUCGGAGCUGCUUAUGGAAUGGGAUCAGGGAGAGAGUGAAGAGCAAGCUUCAUAACCUACAACAUGAGCAAAAUAUCUGGUCUGAAUGGCUCCAGUGGGAAAUGGAAUCAUCAACUUAUAUUAUAGUGUACAGUUUAUAUUUCCUAAAUAGUGUACAUUUUUUUGUAUUCACUACAUAAAGUUCACUGCUGCCUUGUGUGA